AUGGUACUUGAGCAUGAUUCGGUGUCCAUAUUGCUCUAUACAAACAUAGAAAAUAUGAACGAGCUCAAAGAUCUUUUGAUGAAAGGUGAACUGAAAGCUGCUAUCGUCAAUUCCGAGCUUAUUUACCACACUGAUCUACUGAUGUUAGCAUCCCACAAAGCUCUGUACAAUGCUAAGAACAAAUCUCUAAAAACAAAGUCCAUUAACACCGAACUUCUUUACAAUCUUUUCCCGUCGAGAAGUAUUAGAGACUCCUUAAAAACUUUCGGCACGCAAGAUAGUGCCACCUCAGCAAUAUUUGUCUGCUUUGAUGAAGAAUGGGUAUUAAAAUUGAAAGAUAUUGUGAAGGGAAAGCUUUCAUCUCUUGACAAAAUAAACGAACUUGUGAAUGAAAAUGCUGUCAAGAAGUUGUAUAAAAUUCCAGCUUCUAUGACUGAUCAAAUAUCUAUUUUAAAUUUUAUAAUAACUAAAAUUUCAUCCAAAGAGUUGUUAUUCUGA